CUCAUCAUUGAUUGGGAGUAACAGACUGAUGGGAGUGGAGAGUUUGUCCCGAGUGCUUGCCCGCGACAAUUGCACCGUGGAACGAUCGUGCCGCGGGGCUUCAGAGUCAGUCUCCACGCAGAAGCCCGUCUUUUCGUUCCCAGUCAGUUCCACGCAGAAGACAAACAUUUAUUUGAUAGUUCUGUUGUUCCAUUCAUCAAUAAUGAACCAGGCAACAUGACAUUGACCGAGAAACCUCCUGAGACUGAGGCUGCUACCUGUACACAGCCUGCCUCUGCCAUGAGCGAGGCCAACACUGCCACAUCAACUCCGACGCCUUGUUACCCGACAAACUUGUAUUGGUUCACCAUAUUUGCAAUCAUGGAUUUCUUGCCUUUUCUUUAUCUUUGGCUGGUUGCAUGGUGCAUGCCAAGCUUUUCUAGCUUGCUUGCCAAAACGAUGAAUGUGGAGUCGAUCGUGCUCUACAAUGAUGAGGAGCAUCGCGAACAAACCUGGGAUACCAUAGGGGUUUUGCCAUAUCUGUUCUUUUGGAGCAGCAUGUCGUCUGUGGUGAAGCCUGGUCUUGUGCUGCUGCUUUGUUGGUACGUUGUCCGGGAUCUUUGCUUGGUUUUCUUGGUUGCUCCUACAGCCGCUGAUGCCGUGAAAACACUGCAGAGUAUGAAGGAUAACUUUUGCCGAGCAAGCAUGGAUUUUUUCAUGGCACCAUACUUGAGGUAUGUAACAGUCCUGAUCCUCUUGGACAGGGCCCAGAGAGAAGCAGGCAUUGGUUCUGCCAUCAAUAAAGAAGACAUCGAGAACCAAAGCACACUGGAUAUGGUUGCAGCAUCAAUUCGACCGAGGCAGCAGUGGAAGUUGCUGCGCACUAUUGCUUUCCUAUUUGCCGAUGUCUACUUCUUCAUAUUGCCGGUUGCAACAUUCAUGUUAUUGCCGGCUUACUGCCAAACACUGGCCGGAUUCGACUUUUCCUGUGUCAUGUUUUAUAUGCUGCCGGGUGCAGUGAUGGCCGGUCUCCUCUUUCGGGGAACAUCUAGAGAGAUUGACGGUGCACCUAAGGGUCGGGUAUGGGUGGUGAAUGUACCCUAUGCGGAGGAAUGGUGGAAUAAAGGAGAACUGCGGUUUGAUCUGGAUGGAGCUCCAGUCUUGGACUCGUGUGCAGAAAUGGCAAAGGAUAUUACAUGUACGUUCCUGACCUGAAACUGUUGCAAAUAAUCGCUGGAGCAGUGAAGUAUUUUCUGCUAUGAUAUCUUAGAUAAUUAUGGGAUUAGCCUUAUUGUUGUUUGCC